GGAUAGUUAAUCGACAAGAAAAGAAAAUGGGAAAGUCGUGUGGUUGGGUUUGGGGCUCUUGGGGGCAGCACUGGCAGUUGCUCUGUUCCCAUAGUGGACAUGGCGGGCGUCUCUGAUUGGCUGGUGCUUCUCAUUCGUCUUCGCUGGCUGGUAUCGUUGGGUUGGUCCACCGCCAUCAUCACCCAUCACCAUCAUCACAUCACCAUCACCAUCAUCAGCAUCACCACUCUCUCUUCGACUGUUAUGUUGUCUACACUAGUUGUACCGCAUAGAGGAGUAGAAUACUCAGUACUGAGUAUUCCACAAACAAAGGAAACCUUUCUUUACGGAACACAGAGUAACUUUUCAUUUAUCAUUAUCCCCCUAACUACCUCUCUCACCACAUAAAGUCAAAGGAGGCUGGUAGCGACUCGUACCUCUUGCCGUGGCUGGGGGAUCUACAACCGCAUCCCUACCCAAGUAAAUAUGUAACUUACCACCAGAGGAUACUCGUAGGA